AAUUCACCGACAUACAGGAAGAAAAAGACGAAGCCCAGUCUGCCCUGCAAGCCUGCACACACUGCACACUCCCACAACGAUAUUAAGGACCAAAUCACUGCUUGACCAGUUUAGCAGGUAUGGCUGAGUUGGCGAGUCUGGUGCAGCGGCUGGAGGUGGCGGUGGGUCGCCUGGAGUCCAUGUCAGGCAACGGAGGGUCUUCUGGGGGAGACUCUGCUGGCGGAGCUUCAUCGGUGUACGUCGAGGCCUUUGACGAGAUCAUCAGCGGUCCCUUGGCUCAGUACGUCUCCCUCAGCCAGCAGAUCGGGGGCGAUGUCCAGAAACAUGCAGACAUGAUGAAGCAAGCCUUCGCCUGUCAGAGACAAGUCCUUGUAAAAGCCUCCUCCUCCCAGAAGCCCUCUGAUUCAGUCUUGACGAGUCUCCUGCAGCCGGUUUCCAAAGCCAUCCAGCAGGUGCAGGCUUUCCGUGAGCAGAACCGCACCUCGCCGCACUUCAACCACCUCUCUGCUGUUUGCGAGAGCGUGCCCGCCCUCGGAUGGAUCGCCAUGGCUCCUAAGCCAGGCCCCUAUGUUAAAGAGAUGCAGGACGCCGCCAUGUUCUACACCAACCGUGUGCUCAAGGACUACAAGGGAAAGGACCAGAAACACGUGGACUGGGUGAAGGCCUACGUCUCCAUCUGGACUGAACUGCAAGACUACAUCAAAAAGCACCACACCACCGGGAUGACCUGGAGCAAGAGCGGUCCCGUGGCUUCGGCCGCUCCAGCCGGUCCUGCUGGUGGACCUCCUCCCCCACCUGCCCCCGGACCUCCUCCUCCUCCUCCCAUGGACCUGAGCAGCUCCGGCUGCAGCAGCGGCGGUGGGGAUGGAAAAGCGACCGAUCACGGCGCUCUGUUCGCCUCAAUCAACAAGGGAUCGCAAAUCACCAGUGGCCUGAAGCAUGUGACAGACGACCAGAAGACCCACAAGAACCCAGCCCUGAGGGGUGCGGGUGCAGGUUCUCAAGUACGUGCUGGACCAAAACCUUUCGCCUCCCCAACUCCUCGACCUGCUGCGUCGGCUGCCCCGACCCGCACGCAGCCCCCUGUGUUUGAGCUGGAUGGGAAGAAGUGGAAAGUGGAGAACCAGGAGGAUAAUCAGAACCUGGUGAUCAGCGACACAGAGCUGAAACAAGUGGUUUAUGCUUUCAAGUGUAACAAGAGCACCCUGCAGGUCAAGGGCAAACUAAACUCCAUCACUCUAGACAACUGUAAGAAAAUGGGCCUGGUGUUUGAGGAUGUCGUGGGCAUCAUCGAGGUCAUCAACUGCAAGGAUGUCAAGGUCCAGGUCAUGGGUAAGGUCCCAACUAUCUCCAUCAACAAGACGGACGGCUGCCACGUCUACCUGAGCAAAGACUCUCUGAGCUGCGAGAUCAUCAGCGCCAAGAGCUCAGAGAUGAACAUCCUGGUGCCCAACUCAGACGGAGAAUUUACGGAGAUUGCUGUUCCCGAGCAGUUCAAGACCGUCUGGGACGGCAGCAAGCUCGUCACCACAGCCACAGAGAUCGCCGGGUAGACGGGGGCAUCGUGACCAAGCGGCCCCUCCUCCACUCCAUCCCCCCACCACCCUUUUUUUGCAAAAAAAAAAAUGCCUUCCUGACUGAUCGACCACCCCACCAGCUAACUCUCACACUGUAGACUGAGAUUUGGACCUCAUGCGUUAUAUCUCCCUCCCUCCCUUCCUUUUUAUCAGCCAAUCACACCUUAAGCUGUCCCUUCCAUCAGCCAAUGAGAGGACUGCUCUCCUUUUUAUCUGGAGCAAAAUCCUCUAGCCAAUCAGCAGGGAGCGGCUUGUCGUUCAAAUUCCCUGUGAGCCAGUGAGCACUUUUCAAAAAAAAAAAAAAACAUUCAUGAGUUUUGCCAAUAGCUGGGAUGCUCUGUAUGAUAUUUUGUAUCUACCUGGAUAAUGCUAAGCUAAAUUUAACAUGUAGAAUAGCCAACACAGGAACUCUGCAGCCAAUCGGGCGCCACUAUCAGGUUAUUCUUUCUCCUCUUCCUGGUCAGGAGGGGCUGAUAGGUUUCUGCUCCGUUAUAUGCAAUUCACUGGUGAAGCACUUGUCAAACAAAGAGGAUAAUGGCAUCCAUAUCACCGCCACUGAUGUUGACUAUAAUAAUAAUUCAUAGUAGAUAAUAUAAAAAAAAUUUAAGUCUGCACUCUCAGAGCACAUAAAUAGGAGUAAAAACAAGUUGUGUGCACAUCAUGAAACUCCUCUAGAUGAUGUUAAAUUAAUAAAAAAUAAAAGCAGGAAAAUUAUCAUUCCAUGUGCUUUCCCUCACACAUAGGACAUUCCCGAGUAUUAAACAUUCCACAUAAAGGAGGCAUGUAAGAAAGUUUGCGAUGAAGAGCAAAGAGAUGCAAAGUGGGUAGAGAGAGACUGAAGGACAUAAUCAUUGGUAGACGCUUCACCUUCACCUCAGUCUCUAGAUUGGAAAUAUCUGCUGUAAUCAUCUGUAUAGAUAUUAAGAAUUACUGAGUAGUCUUAAAAAUAUUAGCCUGACCAUCAACGUCUCUCCACUCGCUCGUGUCUGCACUCUUUGGUUAUCUUCAGCUGAAUUUUCUUUUAUAUUGUCUUUUUUUCUUACCUCUUUUUAUUGUUUUUGGGUCCAAAAUUCAGAAUUCUGCUCAUUAGUACUGGAGACAUCAUUAAAAAAUGUUGCAAUAAAA